UGACCGCACAGUCCCCGAUCCCUAUGAUAACACUUUGUUUCGCAGUCCCGAUGGAUAUGGCAGUCAUUACCGUAUUAUCAUAUCAUUCCCAACAGCACUUAUAUUUGAAAAAUUAGCUUAUAUUACCACUCAACAGCACUUAUUUUUCUCCGCCAAACACCUGAACUAUCUAAUUUUUUUUAUUUUUACAAGAAAGCACUUUUUGCCUCCCUCUUGCUAAACAGGCUAUAAAGCAGUUUUACACAAUAAAACAUUUAUAAAAGAUGGUAAAAAAUUUAUAGCGAACACCCAAAAAAUUGGCUUUCAAGCUCCAAGCGGAUGAAAGCAAACAUACUACUAGCGUGGAUGGAAAAUGGGUCAAAUUAGUAAACAUUCUACUCAUGUGUUAGAACUCAACAGCCUUGCUUUCCUUUCUUUUGCUCUUGAAAUACAGAGGAAAGUUGAGAUCAGUGAGAAAUUUUAAACUAUCUGUUCUCCUGAAAUAUGAUGAAGGUUCUCCAGCACAGUGUUGGUGGUCUGAAAUCAUGGUGUAAAUGUAGCCCUAAUUCGCUAAUGGUUUUCAAAUUUUGUACCAAUUCUGGAACCCUAGCCUCUUCUUCAGCGGCGGACACUCUUUACCCAAUGCUGAUAAGAUAUGCACCUUCUACUGCGUCCAUUCUUCCAACAAUUAAGCAGUGGGUUAGUGAAGGAAAGCCCGUGGAAUAUCAGGACCUCAAGAAAGCUAUUAAACAGCUCAGGGCAUUCGGCGCUUCAACCAUGCCCUCCAGAUUUAUGAAUGGAUUGACAACUCCGAGCGUCCUUAUCUAUUACCUGGAGAUGUUGCAGUCCGUCUGUAUUUGGUAUCAAAAGCUCAUGGAUUGGAAGCAGCAGAGAAGUAUUUCUUUAGCAUCCCAGAAAAUCUGAGAGCUUCUUGUGUGUAUGUC